AUGAGUUCUGGUAAGAAAAAAUUAAAAGAACUACUACAGCAAAGUGAUAAUCGUACUUGUGCUGAUUGUGGUGCGCCCGACCCUAAAUGGGCGUCACCCACCAUUGGAGUGUUUAUAUGCUUGAAAUGCUGUGGUUGUCACAGAACUCUAAGUGCGGGUGUUUCAAAUGUUUUAUCGGUGACAUUAGAUGAAUGGACUGAUGAAGAAGUUGAGGCUAUGGUUGAAGUUGGAGGAAAUAGUGCUGUAAAUUCAAUCUAUGAGGCUCAUAUUCCUGAAGGAGUUUCUAAACCUGGCCCAGAUGCUAGUCAUGAGCAACGAACAAACUUUAUCAGGUCCAAAUAUGAGCUUCAAGACUUCUUGAAACCGGAUUUGAAGAUCUCAUCGAAUAGUGCUCCUAGAAGUCUGCCGGAAAAUACGACUUCUCAAGCUACAAGUUCGGCUCCAACUUCAAUACCAAAACCUGAAUGCAUGGAAGGAGCUAUCGGACUCUUGAAGUUCACAAUUCUUCAAGGUGCGAAUCUUGCAGUUCGUGAUAUGCUAUCAAGUGAUCCUUAUGUUGUCCUUUCACUAGGAGAACAGAGGGUCCAAACAACUAUACAAAAAAGCAACUUGAAUCCAAUUUGGAACGAGGAGCUAAUGAUUUCCAUCCCUCCAGAUUAUGGGCCCAUUAAAUUGCAAGUUUUCGACUACGACACAUUCUCUGCUGAUGACAUAAUGGGGGAAGCAGAAAUCGACAUUAUGCCGAUGCUAACAUCUGCUCAGGCAUAUGGAGACGCGUCACAGUUUGGGGACAUGCAAAUUGGGAAAUGGUUGAAAUCACAUGACAAUGCACUAUUGGAAGAUAGCAUUGUAAAUAUAGUUGAUGGAAAAAUAAAACAAGAGGUAUCACUUCAGCUGCAGAAUGUAGAGUCUGGGAUAAUAUAUCUUGAGAUUGAGUGGAUGUCACCUUCAUAAUAGGUGCCUUUUUGUGUGAGUGUAUAGUUGUUCUUUUGUUAUUUCAUUCAUAUCUAUAUUUUUAAUAAAUGUUUUGGUUGUAUGAGUACCCAAAAAGAAUGACACGGUGCACUAUUUUGGCAUUUCUCUUUUAUUCAAGUAUGUAUAUUACAAAUAACUGAC